AUGGAAGCCCGCUGCGAGUGUGGAGCCGUCGUCUUCACAACGCCGCUGCCCAAGCCGCUGGCGCUGUACAUCUGCCACUGCUCGGAAUGCCGUCGUCAGACGGGAUCCGCCUUUGGCACCUCGGCCAUCUUUCCCAGGUUCCCGCUGCCCGAAGCCGAGCUGCUGAGUUGUUACUCCCGACCCACGACCUCCGGCCAGACACUCUACUGCUAUUUCUGCAAGAGGUGCGGCACGCGCUUGAUACAUAGCUCUCCGGACAAGAAUGUUGUCUCGGUCAAGGGCGGCUGCAUAGACGGUUUGGACUGGAGGAACGCCAUACACAUCUGGACCAAAUCCGCCAUGGUACCCAUCCCGGAAGGAUCCGAGACGCACUCGGAAGACUCGGCCAACACGGACUACGGGUCGACGCAGGACGAGCUGGACCAGCCGUACGACGCGCCGGCCGAGCUGAGCGGUAGCGGCGGGCCGGCCGAGUGCGAGAGAGCGCUGAACCUAGGCCAGUCGCUGUGA